AUGACACGCGGGGACGACGACAACCCAGCUGGAUCGAUCGGAAGCAAGAACGAGAUGGCGAUCGGGUCCGAGGCGAUCGAAUUACAUCCUUUGGACUCGUCUCCGAAGGUAUCGAAAGAGUCUCGAGACGAGCACAUCGUACUCAACGAGUCUCGUAGCCAUGACAAAGAUACCGACGACCUCUUGUUGGACUAUGACGAGACCGAAUUGUUCUCGCCCGGAGUAGAGAAACCUAGAGGUAGCGGGGACGGAGGGCUGAGAAGGGCGGUGGAAUGGAGAUGGAUGGGAGCGCUCUUCUGGUUGAUGUUCCUCGCAGGCUGGAGCGACGCAUCAACAGGACCCCUCCUACUCCGAAUUCAGUCACACUACCAACUCUCUUACCCGAUUGUCUCCCUCGUCUUUGUCUGCGCGUUCACAGGAUUUGCUUUGGCCGCCGGGGUGAACGUCUGGGUAGAGACGAGGUGGGGAUUCGGGAAGGCUGUUGGCGUGGCGGCUAUCUGUCAGACCCUAGCGUUCUCCAUACAAGCGACCAAACCCCCCUUUCCCAUGUUCCUCCUCUCUUUCAUCCCCAACGGCCUAGGGAUGGGUCUCCAAGACGCCAACGCCAACGCUUUUACUACCCGCUUGCCCUCCCCCUCGCAGAAAAUGUCUCUCCUCCAUGCGGUCUACGGCCUAGGUGCUUUUGUCACGCCUUUGAUUGGGACUCAGUUUGCGAGGGAGGGGAUGAGGGGGAGGUGGCAAGGGUUUUAUCUGUGUUCGGUAUUGGUAGGGUUGAUCGAUGUCGGGUUACUUUGGGGAGUCUUUCGAGGAAAGAGAGAGGAGCGAUUAUUCGAGGAGCAAGGAUAUGAGCCGGAUGAGAGGGACGAAGGAUCGGGUGGGAAGUACGUCUUGGCCGAGCAAGAAGAGAUUGAGGACGACGAGUCUCGCCGAAACUUGAUCAUUACCCCGUCACCACAACCGAAGUCGGAUCCUUCCUCAUCGGAAUCCUCAGCCAAACUCCGCCGGAUCCUGACCACCCCAUUCGUACACGUAGUCGCCCUGUUCACCUGGAUCUACGUCGGUAUCGAAGUGACCAUCGGCGGAUGGGCAGUAACCUACCUCAUCCAAGUCCGAGGAGCAGGUGAAGACGCCGGAUACGCCUCUUCAGGCUUUUUCGGGGGUUUGAUGAUUGGGAGGGUAGUACAGAUAUGGGUAUCGACGUGGUUGAGCGAGCAGAUGGCGGUGUUGCUUUACACGGGUACAGCAGGGGUUUUGAUUAUAGUCAUCUGGCACGUACCGAGUGUCAUGGUGAACGCCGUCGCCUACGCUAUCACAGGGCUCGUCCUCGGUCCCAUAUACCCCAUCAUGAUGAACGCCACAGCGGCCUCCUUGGACCCAGACUUGGCGGGUGGUGCUAUCGGGUACAUUGCCGCGCUGGGGCAAUGUGGGUCGGCCUUAUUUCCUUGGAUGACAGGCGCUUUGGCUGGCAGUUAUGGGGUCUGGGCGUUGCAGCCGCUCUUGUUGGCGAUGAUCCUCCUCGAAGGUGGAUUAUGGGCCGUGGUAGUCAGGAUGAGCCGGGACAAGUGGAAGAGCCCGCACAAUUUCUAAAGACUUGAUGCUCGGAUCGAGGUUAUGAACAAGAACCUGGACACGGACGAUAUGGCAAACAAACGCAGGGCU